CCCGGUACCCUCUCUCCACUGUACUCAGAUACGUGCCUUUGUGCCCAUUACGAAGCGACCCCAAUGGCCUCGUAGCAAACCCCCCUUCAAUUCAGAUUUGGUACGGGGAACAGGUCAGCCCAGAGCUCGUCUCGAAAUGCGUCCGGGACUGGCGAGUAUAGCGGCGGAGAUGCUGAGCGGGGCUACCGGCGUGGCCAGGCCGAGGCUCGGCAGCCUCCCGGUCCCCCUCACCAAAACACCGCCGCCGAUGUCAAGCACGGGGAGCCACAGAUUUCGGUCCACGUCGUCGCUGCAGGGGUUUUCGGAGAUGGCCAGAGAGCGGUCAAAGACUGUCACGUCGUUUUACAACCAGUCGGCUAUCGACGUUUCCGCGGAAAAGGCCUCAGUGCGACUGACCUUAGCAACCCUGCUGUAUUCUGGGAAGUCUCCGGAUGGACACCACAUCUUGAGCAGUGCCAAGUACCUACACAAGGAGCUGCCUGUAAGAAUCGCCCACCGCAUCAAGGGUUUCCGUAGUUUACCCUUCAUCAUUGGUUGCAACCCGACCAUUCUGCAAGUGCACGAGUUGUACAUCAGAGCCUACCACAUGCUCAGCGACUUUCCCCCGAUCAAGGAUCAGGACGAGGAGGCUCGCUUCUGUAAGCUGGUGCAGCAGCUUCUGGAUGACCACAAAGACGUGGUCACCAUGCUGGCCCAGGGCUUCAGGGAGUGCCGCAGACACGCCCAGGAUGAGACGAUCCUCCGAAGCUUCCUGGAUACGACGCUGUGCUCUCGUCUGGGGAUCCGCAUGUUGGCCACGCACCACCUCGCCCUCCAUGAAGACAAUCCUGACUUUGUCGGGAUGAUAUGCAGACGUCUGUCUCCUAAAAAAAUCAUCGAGAAGUGGGUGGACUUUGCGAGGCGUCUGUGUGAACACCAGUACGGUAACUCGCCCAGGGUGAGGAUCAACGGACACGUAGCAGCUCGUUUCCCCUUCAUCCCUCUGCCGCUGGAUUACAUCCUGCCCGAGCUGCUCAAGAACGCCAUGAGGGCCACAAUGGAAAGCCAUCUGGACACCCCCUACAAUGUGCCCGAUGUGAUCGUCACCAUUGCAAAUAACGACAUUGAUUUUGUCAUUAGGAUUUCAGACCGUGGUGGCGGCAUCCCUCACAAUAUUAUAGACAAGGUGAUGGACUAUCACUACAGCACGGCUGAGGAGAGCGCACAGGACCCCCGCAUGAGCAACCUCUUCAACAACAUUACCAACAGUGGAAACCAGUCCAGCCCCAUGCACGGGUUCGGUUUCGGUUUGCCCACAUCCCGGGCGUACGCCGAGUACCUGGGCGGCUCUCUGUCCGUACAGUCAAUGCAGGGCAUCGGCACAGACGUCUACCUGCGUCUACGCCACAUCGACGGGAAAGGAGAGAGCUUCAGAGUCUAACUCCUGUCAUCCUCAUAGAAUCCUAACCCAGGAACCAGGCCAUACGGGAGUACAGAGAGGGUUCGUAACCAGACAGGCUGGCCUACAUGGACUACAGGACUUCGGUCCACAAAGUGAUAGCCUACACAGUAUGUUGUCAGAACGCUCCUAAAUUCACCUAUCCACUACUUUUUCUUUCUUUGUUUUUUUUUCUUUUGCCUUAGACUGAUUAUAAGCUAUGUUAGCUCUCUAGUUGAUGAUUUGGAUUGUUUCCCUUUUUUUUUGUUUUUUUUGUUUUGUUUUCUACCCUGUGGCAUGUCGUUUCACAAUUUGGGUGUAUGAACUUUUGAAUGUUUAGGUUAUCGGGACAAACUGUGCAUGAUAGUUGGCAUCUAUGUUACUGUGGGAGGAAGGAAAGUGAAGAAGAAAAAAAAAAAAGAAGAGAGAGCUUCAGUUUUAAAGAAGUUCACUUUCAAGUUACUUGUUGUAUAGCCUCAAAAAAACAAAGUAGGGAAAGACGUGAAUAUAAAAAGUUUCAAAAGGAAACUCCUGAGACACUCCAGCAAAGAUCUGUCGAAAUCUCCUCAAAGUGCACAAAGCUGCUCAUGUUGAUCAUUCAUUUCAUAUAGUUAGAAUACCAUAUCUUUUUACUUUUUAUCGUAGUUUCAGGUUUACAAGGGAGGAUGGCUCUGUGCUUUUAUCCCUUGAAACCCCUUUUAUGAGAUCCUCCGAACAAAGCCUUCUCUGAGUCAGGGUGUGACUGAAUACGCAGAUGAAGAACUGCCAAAACACCAAAAGCUCAUUAACCGAUUUAAACACUCGCAGUGAUGGACGUCUGUCUUCAUCUCUGUUUGUUUUUUUGUGUGUGUGCAUCUUUCAGGCAGGGUAGCCAGCCGAGACGUUCAGUUGCCUUACUGUAUCUUUCAACUGCAUGCUUAACUUUGUCUUCUUUUCUGUUGCCUUCAUGUCGACCCACCAUGUCGGUCACUCUCAUUAGGUUGAUGUCACAUGUUUUUGCACAACGAGUAGAUUUCCCCGUUAAUGAUGUAGUGCUCAGCUUGCACCGAUCAUAGUAGCUUUUGACUUUACUGUAACAAUAUACCACAGAAGUAUUGUCUCAUGUUGUCUGCUUUUCUUUUUUUUUUUCUUUCUCCUGUUUUAUCUGAAUUUAGUUUUAUUUUGUAGAAAGUGUGUCACUGUGUGUUUUAUUUUGAUGUGUUUUUGGAAAAAAAAAGGUUUUGUAUAAAAUAACAUUUCAGGAUGGGUCAACAACUCGCUUUGUGCACUGUUGACUUCAGAAGUUCAGAUGAGCUGAGGAUGCUGGUCCUUUUUUUUAGUACGUUUUCUUUGGAUCACAACUUGAUUAUGUCAUUUACUUAAGACUACAAAAGCUUUCUCUUAUUAAAUGAAUAUUCAACAUCGGUAUCGGCCCUGUUGGCAGAGGUGACACACGUUCAUGUGCAGGUACUUUCCAGUUUAGCGAUCAUCUUGUCUUCAUUAUGUAUCUUUUCCACAAGGGUUUGAUAACUGCCUUUAAGCAAUCAGUGCAUUAAAAUUGUGUCUAUCUUUCUCGACACAAAGAUCUCAGAAAGAUAUCGCUAUGGGAUUUUUUCUUCCCAAUGUCGAUAUUGGCCCCAAAAAUCCCAUAUCAGUCGGGCCCUAGAUUAAACUGUUUCCCUCGCACAGAAAAUGACAAAAUAUUCAAGUUGUUAUCUCAAAAUAACGUGCAGGAAACGAUCAGCAACACUCCAGCCUCUCUGAGUUUUUUAAGUAGAAUAAUAUGGGUCAAAAACAGAACUGAUGUCAUGACGUUUAUUCAAGAUCCGCCCCACUCCUUCGAGCACUCCUCACGUUUAGUUGAACAUUCCCCAGCGAGCGUCGGUCCUCAAGCAUCGUCUGUCGGCAGCAUUCGGUUUGUUUUUCUGAGUUUAUACUGUUUUACUUUUAGCAGGCAGGGCUUUGGGAUCUCAUGAUGAAAUUACCAGGAUGAACUUUUGUAACCCUUCAGAAGUUAAUUUUUAAGCCUUAACUUUUUGGCUCAGAGACGUAACCUGUUGAUUAUUAGUGAAUUGAAUGAUUGGCCUCUAGUAACACAGAAACUACCUUAGAGGAAUAUUAGACCUAUAGGAGGAAUAUUAGACCUAUAGGAGGAAUAUUAGACCUAUUUUUUGUUGGGAAUAAUACAUAAUUACAUUUUGUAUAAUGUUUAAUAUCUUACAAAUGAAGUAAAGGGUUUGCUUACAAACUAAAAUUAUCCCAAACAUUUAUUCUUGCACCACUGAGUUUACAAACAAAUGUUCUUAUCCGUUUGAGAAUUGAGUUUGUGAGACUCUGCCAACCAAUUAUUUCAACUUGUUAAGAUGUAUAAACAUGGUAUGAUUUGAUUUGUCAUAUUUAUAUUGUACAUUUUUAUGAAACAAACUUUAACUGGUUUAAUCGACAGUUUCCAGAAUGAUGACAAACAGCCUGUGAUAUCUCUACCUGUGUUCUUUCUGAAGCGUGUAUAUGAAUGAAUGUUUGUUGUGGCUUUGAAGGUGUUCAACAUGUAGUAUAUAUGUAGCUUGUGCAUGUGAAACAGGGGACGGGAUGGGACUGGGGGGGGGGGAUUAACAUCACAUUACUGCCUCAUGCUUGUAAACAAUGUUCUAAUGCUUGUGUCCCUUUAGAGACACAUUAACGUUUAGAUUACAUUUUCAAAAUGUUACAGGAAAUGCUGGUAGAUGUUGGAUUUGCAGUCAGGCCGGGGCAUUUUAAGAUGCAUGACAUGUAUAGACUGCCCCCUGCAGGGCUGAAAAGGACAGUGCAGGCAUACUGAACUGUUUUUGCUCUUUGUGGGGAUGAAGAAUCGUCAUUACAGUUUUCUGGACAGGAUGUUCAACUUCAGUUUCUGAAUUUUCUUUUUUCCCAGUUUCUUUUAUUUUGUAACAUAAGCAAAAAGCGGAUCAACAAAACACAUUUCAAAAAUCUCCAGUGAAAGCCAAAAGCUGGAGUCGUGUUACUGACUAAAUGUGCUGCCAUGGAGUGUUGUGUCUUUUUAUUAGUUUCUCCCUCCUGUUUUCUGUCGUCUUCACGACUCUGUAAAAACAUUAAAUUUUACUUGGUUGGAUCUCCCA